AUGUCAGAGUUAACUUUCCAAGGUUCCUGCAUUGUAUCAACUGCAAUUCUUAUCUAUCUAUCUAUCUAUCUAUCUAUCUAUCUAUCUAUCUAUCUAUCUAUAUCUAAUCUUUCGAACAAUUUCACUUCAUCUAUCUAUCUAUCUAUCUAUCUAUCUAUCUAUCUACACCAAACUACUUAUAAUUUAAAAAAAAUAUCUAUCUAUCUAUCUAUCUAUCUAUCUAUCUAUCUAUCUAUCCUGAACUGUUAUUUAUUUCUUUCUUUCUUUCUUUCUUUCUUUCUUUCUUUCUGUAAAGUUCUUUAUUUGAAGAUCUUUUUCUUUCUUUCUUUAUUCUUUCUUUCUUUUUUAAAGCUCUUUCUUUAUUUUCUUUCGUUCUUUCUUUCUUUCUUUCUUUCUUUCUUUCUUUCUUUCUUUCUUUCUUUAUGUCCUUCCUGGCCUUCAUUUAGAUGUCUGCUUCUUUCUUUCUUUCUUUCUUUCUUUCUUUCUUUCUUUCUUUCUCUCUUUCUUUAUUUUCUUUCGUUCUUUCUUUCUUUCUUUCUUUCUUUCUUACUUUAUGUCCUUCCUGGCCUUCAUUUAGAUGUCUGCUUCUUUCUUUCUUUCUUUUUCUUUCUUUCUUUCUUUCUUUCUUUCUUUCUUUCUUUACCCUCUUUCUCUCUCUCUCUUAAACUACAGGAAACUUCGAAUUCGGCGUCUCUUUUCAUUCAAAUCACGAAGUACAGAAAAGUCAUCUGCACUUGGUCACGAAAUGCCCAACGUCGCAUAGUCUUCAUCUAUCUCUUUCUUCUAUUCUUUUUUAUUCGUACGAAUUCCUCCAUCUCUUCUUUUUUAUAUGACAACCUUAUUCUGAACGCUAUCUUUCUUCUAUUCUUUUUUAUUCGUACGAACGCCUUCUUUUUCUUCUUUGUGCAAGAGCCUUCUUGUUGUUGUUCUUCUUUUUCUUCUUUGUUCUUCUUCUUUGUCCGACCGCCUUCUUCUAUCGCCUUCUCGUCUUCAUUUUUUCUUCAUAUGGACGCUUUCUUUUUCCUCUUAUUAGUACAAGCGCCUUCUUCUUCUUCGUACGAACGCCUUCUUUUGAACGCCAUCCUGUUCUUUUUCUUAAUCUUUGUACGAUCGCCUCUUCUUCUUUUGUUCUACGUACGAAGGCCUUUUUUUAUUUUUUCGCCGUUUUUCUUCUUCCACUUCUUCCUGCCAGCGUGUCCUUCUAUACCCUCUUAUUCUUCUUUUUUCGCUUCAGUCGAACGCCCUUUUCUUCUUUGCAGAGACACAUUCUUGUUCUUCGUUCGAAAAUCUUCUUCUGAAUGCAUUGUUCUUGUUCUCCUCUUCCUCCUCCUUCUUCUUCUGAACUCCUUGUUCUCCUCCUCCUUUUUUUCGUACGAACACAUUCUUCUUCUUACGAACGCCUCAUUCUAUUUUUUGUUUAAACGCCUUUUUGUUGCUGUGCUUCUUCUUCUUCUUCUUCUUCUUCUUCUUCUUCUUCCUCCUAACUACUCCCCCUCUGAAGCAUCUACCUAUUCCUUUCUUAUUUUGCAGACAUCUUUUUCUUAA